GCGAAGGCUGCUUGAAGCAUCUUUAUAAUUGAUACAAAUGUCGCCUCUUCACAUUCGAAGUCGUUUCAUAGUGUCUGUGGAUAAAUUUGGUUUUUAUUAUUGAUGUAAUUAUGGAAAUGAAUUCGAAUCACCUAUCCGAGACACAGACUCAAAUCGAAUUUGAUCCAGCAUCCAAACCGCCUCCGCAACCACCGCCAGAUGACGGAACUAGACGAAGAUUUGUGCUCCAUUCCGAGAAAGAGCCUUACGAUUUCGUUGCCCACAGACAGAUCGCGAAACCAACAAAUACAUUAGAGUCCACUGGACAUUUAAUAAAGGGCUGCCUAGGGGGUGGCAUACUCGGCAUACACGAGGCAUACAUGAAGUGUGGCAUUUGGACAUCGUUAUUUAUCACUAUUAUAUUUGGAGUCUACAUCGCGUACUGUGUAAAUCUACUCGUAAAGUCAGCACAGACGUUGUACAAAAGGCUACAUCUACCACAGAUGUCGUAUCCAGAUCUCGCAGAAGCUUCCCUAGAAGUUGGACCCUUUCCUAGUUUGAAAAAGUACAGCAAAUGGUUCAGAUACGCAGUGGAUUUAACGAUAUGCAUCGAUCUCUUCGGCGCUUGCUGCGUAUACCAGAUAAUAAUAGCAAAGACCAUCAAAGAAGUCGUGGAAAGUACAACAGAUGUCCCCGUGGGUGACCAGAACACAUUGAGACUCUACAUACUGACUCUACUCAUUCCAGUUCUACUUCUCUGUAUGAUAACAACGCUGAAGUAUCUAGCGCCAUUUUCUCUAUUGGCGGAUGCGUUUAUAGUGGCCUGUGUUGUCGCUACAGUUGUUUAUGGCUACCAAAAAGCACCGCCCUUGUCUUCUGUACCAGCGUGGAAGGACGCAAUUGGAUUCUUUGAAUUCUGCGGCAUCGUUAUCUUUAGUAUGGAGGGCGUUGGAGUUUCUCUACCAAUUGAGAAUAACAUGAAGGACCCAACAAAGUUUCCUUUAAUAUUAUGUUCUGGAAUGGUCGUAGUUGUUUCUUUUCUAAUGUUGGUGGGAUUCUUUGGAUAUUGGGGUUUUGGAGAAAAUUCAAUUUCACCCGUAACGUUAAACUUUCCCACUACAACAUUUCCAACUAUCCUCAAAUGUUUGAUGGGCGUGAUGAUAUUCAUAACGUUCGCUCUGAACUUCUGGGCACCUUUCAACCUGGUCUGGUUCUACGUGUCCAAGAAACACGAUCCAAGUAGACACUGGUUGUGGGAAAGAAUUUACAGAGCCACGUUCGUUGUAAUGAUAACAGCUAUUGCGAUUGCAUUUCCCAAUAUUGGGAAUCUAAUGGGUCUGUUGGGUGCAUUUUGUUUAUCGAAUAUGGGAUUCAUAUUCCCUGCUCUGAUAGAUUUGCUCGUAAUAUGGGAGAGUCCUGGUCUAGGAAAAUGGAAAUGGCGUCUGUGGGUUAAUGUUCUUGUUAUUUUGUUGGGGAUAUUAUUAUUUGUAGCUGGAACUUAUUCUAAUGUUAAAGGUUUAAUAGUCAAUUUGUAAAUAAAUAUAGUGUUUAUAUAUA